GGCUAUGCAAUUCGUUAUUAGAUUUAUUAGCAAUGUGGCUAAUUGUUGUCAGUUUGUCGCUCGCGGCACUUCUUUUUUACCUUAACGUCUCUAAGAGAUUCAGUUAUUGGAAGAAUAAGGGGAUCCCGUACUCAAAACCGAUCUACUUUUUGGGAAACUUUGCCAGUAAUGUCUUUCGAAUCAAGUCAUUCGAAACGAUUGUUGAAGAGUGCUAUAAGGAGUUCCCGAAGAGCCGCUACUCUGGCAUGUACCAGUUUAGAAUCCCGGUUCUGUUAAUACGCGAUCCUGAGUUGGUUAAACAGGUAACCAUAAAGGAUUUCGACGUAUUCCCAGAGCACACCAGAGUGAUACCUCUAGAUGCGGAACCGUUGUUUUCCAAAAACUUGUUCAACAUGCUACACGAUGAAGGAUGGCACGACAUGCGAGCAACUCUUAGUCCCACCUUCACCGCCAGCAAAAUGAGAGCCGUAUUCACCUUAAUGCGCCAAUGUUCUGAUCAGUUUGUGAACUACUACAAACAAUCCAAAGGCAACGUUUCGGUGGACCUCAAAGAUGCGUUUACAAGAUUUGCAAAUGAUGUCAUUGGUACCUCCGCAUUUGGGGUAACGUGCGACUCCCUCACGCAUAAAAAUAAUGAGUUUUACGUAAUGGGAAAAGCUUUAACAAACUUCUCUGGACUUAGAAGUUUACGGUUCUUUAGUUAUACGAUCAGUCCUUUUUUUAGUAAGUUGCUGAGAAUUAGAAUUUUGAACACGAAAUUGGAAGAGUUCUUCAAGAGUUUAAUACGCGAAACCCUAGCGAUUAGGACCCAAAAAAACAUUAUUCGGGCGGAUAUGAUUCAACUGCUCAUGGAGGCGCAAAGAAACCGGGAGCAAGACGGCCAACAAACACACAAGAAGAAUAGCAUAUCAGAUGAUGACAUCACAGCUCAAGCACUUAUAUUCUUCCUGGCUGGGUUCGAAGUGACUUCAACCGCAAUGACUUUCCUCGCGUACGAGCUCGCCCUUAACCCUGAGAUCCAAACUAAGUUAUACGAGGAGAUUUCCACAACUCUGGAGGAGAACUCUGGUAAAAUUACAUACGAAGCGGUCAUGUCGAUGAAGUAUCUGGACAGAGUUGUCUCGGAAUCGCUGAGGUUGCACGCCCCUGUACCUUUCAUAGAUCGAAAGUCUGUGAAACCGUACACGAUUCAGCCUGACGACCCAUCCGAAGAACCACUACAUCUAGAAAAGGGCACCACAGUUUGGGUGCCGGUCAGCUCCAUCCACCACGACGAGCAAUACUUUCCUAAUCCCAUGAAGUUCGAUCCCGAACGAUUUAACGAUGACAACAAGCACAACAUCAAACCAUUCACUUACCUUCCCUUCGGGUCAGGUCCGCGAAUUUGCAUUGGUUCACGCUUCGCCUUACUGGAAAUCAAGCUGAUAAUAUUGCAAAUCUUGCAACAUUUCGAAAUCGUUCGAGAUGCGAAAACUGCCGUCCCGUUGAAACCCGACAAAACGAACUUCAACAACCUUCCAAAGGAGGGCGUGUGGGUUUCGCUUAAACCUCGAAUAUUAAAUUAAGUGUCAUCUUUUUGCGAUGAUAAGUAGAUUAAUAAACUAUUUAAUUUGU